UUGCCAAAAAAUGACGUAGCCGAUUAAUAGUAAUAAAAAUGGCUUUCCAGUCGUUCUUCGUCUCAUACGGAAAAUUCCAUAACAACAUUGUGAACAAGUUGAUCCACAUAGUGUUCAUUCCGACCAUUGUGUUCUGAAUCAUGGGCACAUCUCACUACUACCCACUUGCUGAUAUUGGGUUUGUGUACGAGAAGUUGGACCUAGGACUAGUGAUGUGCCUUCUGCUCCCGAUUCUGUAUAUCUUCCAGGAAGUUGUCACUGGAUGUGUGACUACAGCGAUGUUACAUGUGCUUUAUUACUUCAGCCUACAGAGCUUUAAAGCGAACCAGGAUGUGAAUGAUUACUUCUACGGAGUCCCUUACUUCUGGUUCCUACUUUAUCUACAAGCCUUUUCUUGGAUAAUGCAAUUUAUUGGUCAUGGCGUAUUUGAGAAAAGAGCCCCAGCUUUGUUAAGCAACCUUUUCUCAGCAUUGGUAGCUCCAGACUUUGUAGUAAUCGAGAUUCUUUAUAUGUUUGGAUACAACAAGAAAGCAAUUGAUGAGGCUCAAGUAGAGAUCGAUGCUGAUAUCUCAGCUUACUGGAACAUGGGGAAGAAGACUAAAGCAGAGUAAUAGUUUUUAUUAGAUCAAAAUAGGAAAUUCUCUCCUAA